AUCUUGAAGCCACGCUUGUCCUUGUUGACGUUGUGCAACCCCGCCCAUCUUAACACACGCACCCAGACCCUGCACCAACGCAAUGACCGUCACGCAAAGGCCUUGGUGGAAGGAUGGCGUCGUGUACCAGAUAUAUCCCGCCAGUUUCAAGGACAGUAAUGGUGAUGGCAUCGGUGACUUGAACGGCAUCAUCUCAGAGCUUGACUACAUUCGCUCUAUUGGUGUCGAUGUCAUUUGGAUUUGUCCCAUGUACGACUCUCCUCAAGUUGACAUGGGAUAUGACAUCCGAGACUAUCAAGAUGUGUACCGGCCGUAUGGAACAGUGCAAGACAUGGAGAGACUGAUUGCCGAGACACACUCGCGAGGAAUGAAGAUCAUAUUAGAUUUGGUCGUCAACCAUACCUCAGACCAGCAUAAAUGGUUCUUGGAGUCGCGCUCCUCAAAGGACAAUCCAAAACGUGACUGGUACAUUUGGAAACCCGCUCGCUAUGUUGACGGCGAGCGCAAACCCCCAAACAACUGGGUAUCCAAUUUCACUGGCAGUGUCUGGCAGUGGGAUGAACACACUCAAGAGUAUUACCUUCAUCUCUUCUGCCCCGAGCAACCCGACCUCAACUGGGAGAAUCCAGAUACCCGACAGGCCAUCUACAAAUCAGCCAUGGAAUUUUGGCUGCAGCGCGGCGUCGACGGUUUCCGUGUCGAUACAGUCAACAUGUACAGCAAAGGAAAUAUGCUCGAUGCGCCCAUUACGGAUCCGGGAUCCGAAUGGCAAUUUGCUGGCUACCAGUACUGCAACGGACCGCGCAUGGCCGAGUUCCUGAGCGAGAUGAAUCAGAUCCUUGAAAAGUACAAUGCCAUGACUGUAGGCGAGUGUCCAAAUACCCCUGACAUGAAGCGAGUCCUGCAAUACGUCUCGGCAAAAGAAAGACAACUCAACAUGGUCUUUCAAUUCGAUGUCGUCGACGUUGGCCAAGGACCCUACAAGUUCCAAACCACGCCCAAGAACUGGACACUCCCGGACUUCAAGCGCGCCAUUGCGCGCACCCAAGACCUUGUCCGCCCACCUUCAGACGGCUGGACCACCGUCUUUCUCGAGAACCAUGACCAAGCCCGUUCCAUCACACGCUUCACCUCGGACGCGCCCGAGCACCGUGUUGCAGGUGGCAAAAUGCUGGCACUCAUGAUGUGUGCACUUAGCGGCACACUAUUCAUCUACCAAGGCCAAGAAAUCGGCAUGAUCAACUUUCCGCUAAGCUGGGAUAUGAAUGAGUACAAAGACGUUGAUUCUACAAAUUACUACAAGAUGGUCGCCGCACGAACAAAGAACGACUCAAAGGCACUUGAGGCGGCGCAUCGCUCGCUGCAACAUCUUGCCCGUGACCAUGCACGUGUGCCAAUGAGUUGGAGUACCGCGCCGCACAAUGGAUUCUCACCACCCGACGCAAGUGCAAAGCCUUGGAUGCGGCCAUUGGAAGACGCAAAAGUAUGUAAUGCAACACAGCAGCAGAGCGAUAAGUCGUCCGUAUUAGCUUUCUGGAAAACCAUGCUGCAAAUCAGGAAAGAGCAUGCUGACCUUUUGGUACAUGGUCAGUACGAUGAUUUGGCUGUGGAUGAUUUAGACAUUUUUGUCUUUACCAAGACUUGGAUGGGGACAAAAGUACUUUGUGUAUGCAACUUCACAGACAGAGAAAGAGACAUGGUAGUCCCCAAGAGCCUGGAGAGAGUGAAGAAAGAAUUGCUAAUGAGUAGUGUUGGAGGAGAUGGAAGGUUCUCGGAGGAGCAGUUGCAGGCGUAUGAAGGGCGAGUUUACAUGCUAAUCUAGAUGGCCAGGUGCGUUCGCUAUUAGCAUCAAGGCAAUUUUAUUGUUCACGAGGUAGUUUAUCUUUGAAUUAUAUGUCAUGUUCGG